UGUGCUGGGGAUGAGGGUCAGUAGCCCUGCCCCCAAAGUACGGUCCCGAUGGGGUGAGUCCUGAAACCCCACCCUGGAAGAGGUAGAGACGGCGGCUGAAUCCCUGCUCUCACCCUCCCCCAGUUGCCAUAGUCACCGCCUGUUUACUUUGGGAUGAGGCAGAGAUGUGCUAACCACCUCCUUCUCUUGCUGAUGUUUCAGAGCAAGAAAGACCCUUCCUUGUGGAUGUGCCCCUUCCACCCGCCGCUCCAGCUCUUUUUCAUUAUCCGCAACACGAGGCAGCUGCGUGACUUUGGUCUAUCCAAGGUCAAGGUUUGGAAUUACUGGACGGCUGAUGGCGAUCUCGACAUCGGGGCCAAGGAUGUGAAGCUUUAUGUCAACAAGAAGCUCAUCUUUGAUGGCACUUUAGACAGAGGAGGUGGCGAGGCCCCGGCUGGCCAGAGCAUCCUGAUGGGCCUGUCCCACGAGAGCAUGGAGAACAGCGUUUCUGCCCCCUCGGAUGACAGCAAAGACGCCCGCAAGAUGGCUGGCACAGAUGGGGACGAGGAGCUUGGUGUCAGUUAUUCGCAGCCCGCAGAAAAAGCAGAGGAUGUGAAAGUUGCUUCGCAAGGAAAUGCAUUUGGCGAAAGGAUGAGUUCCCCUGAUUGCACGAAAGACAGCUUGGCCAAGGCAGAGGAAGAGGUCAGCUGCUCAGCCGCCCCAUCCUCGACGGGUGGCGCACCCACAGGCCCUCCCCACUCCCCCGCUGCCGAACGCCCUCCUUUUCUUGACCAGGAGCUGUCGCUGAUCCAACAGCUGGAAAACCUCACAGGCAGAAAAAUCUCUGAGCCGCCAGGGAAAACCCCAUCUUGGUUACAACCUGCUCCCGCGGGGAGAGGCAGAAAGCAGGGAGGCCCGAAGUCAAAACCCCUCUGGCUGAGCCCGGAGAAGCCACUGGACUGGAGGGGCAGGCUCCCAUCGGAUGCUGUCAUCCGGGAGGGGCCUGGGGAGACGGAGGCCAAGGGCCCCAGGCGUGAGCCAGGGCGGCCAAGCAGCUGGAAUGUCAUCGCCGGGGAGCGAGUCCAGAGGGCGACCCCCAAAGUCUGCGUUGAUGACAUCUUUAGCCAGCCCGCCAACAGGGAGCACCCCGCUAGUGGGAGGAGGGGCCUGAGGAAGGACCCCCGCAGCAACAGCCAGGGUGAUGGGCAGCCAGCCGGCAGAGAACACGCCUGGUCCACCGGGACACCGCCGCGGCCCCGGUGGCACAGCGAGCAGGAACACAGCUUGUGGGAGUCCUGGAACUCCCUCACGGCCUUUGACCGCUCCCAGCGGGGCCGCAUCUCCAACGUGGAGUUCCAGGGGGACAUCCUGGAUGAGUUCCUGCAGCAGCAGAAAAGCAGCCGGCACAGCGACCAGCCGGCCCCGUGGAAGGAGGAGAAGCCGGAGCCCGUGAGCGAGCAGGACCCCGGCUCCCCGGAGACAGACGACAGCGGGGACUUCAAAAUCCCCGUCCUGCCUUAUGGACAGCACUUGGUCAUCGACAUCCAGUCCACGUGGGGGGACAGGCACUACGUUGGCCUCAACGGCAUAGAAAUAUUCAGUUCCAAGGGCGAGCCGGUGCGCGUCGCCAACAUUCAAGCCGACCCCCCGGACAUCAAUAUCUUACCGGCCUAUGGGAAAGACCCCCGCGUGGUCACCAACCUCAUCGACGGGGUGAACAGGACGCAGGACGACAUGCACGUCUGGCUGGCGCCCUUCACGCCCGGCAAGCCCCACUCCAUCUCCAUCGACUUCCUGCACCCUUGCCAGAUCGCCCUGAUCAGGGUCUGGAAUUACAACAAAUCGCGGAUACACUCCUUCCGCGGCGUGAAGGACAUUACGAUGCUGUUGGACGGGCAGUGCAUCUUUAAGGGAGAAAUCGCCAAGGCCUCAGGCACCCUGACCGGAGCUCCAGAGCACUUUGGAGACACGAUCUUAUUCACGACCGAUGAUGACAUCCUCGAGGCCAUCUUCUGUUCCGAUGAGACGUUGGACUUGGACGUGGAGAGCCUGUGCAGCCUGCAGGCCGAGGAGGCGCUGCGGAGGCCCAGCACCGCCGACGGCCAGGGCGACGAGCGGCCCUACACCCAGGCCGGCUCCUGGGCUGAGGACCAGGUCCUGGAGCCAGAGAUGCCACCCAGUCCCCCUGUCCCAGAGGUCACCACUCCAGAGCCGGGCGUCUACCAUGGGAUCUGCCUGCAGCUGAAUUUCACCGCCUCCUGGGGAGACCUGCAUUACCUGGGGCUCACGGGCCUGGAAGUGGUGGGCAGGGACGGCCAGGCACUGCCCAUCCACCUGCACCAGAUCUCUGCCUGCCCCAGAGACUUAAAUGAGCUCCCGGAGUACACGGACGACUCCCGGACCCUGGACAAGUUAAUCGACGGAGCCAACAUCACCAUGGAGGACGAGCACAUGUGGCUGAUCCCCUUCUCGCCGGGGCUGGACCACGUGGUCACCAUCCGCUUCGACAGAGCCGAAAGCAUCGCAGGCCUGCGCUUCUGGAACUACAAUAAAUCUCCCGAGGACACCUAUCGGGG